UAAUAAUUAUACAUUUUAAAUUCAUGAUUCUGAUUAGGCCAUGGUCAUAGAAUUUAUAUUUAUAUGCCUAAUUCUAAUUUUUUAAUUUUAUUCACUUCAUAUCAAAAUGGUCAUAAUUAAUUUAAUUAUGUCAUAAUCUAGCAGAUUCACUUUAGCUGCCCUUAAUAUAUAAUUAUGUAUAUAUAUAUAUAUAUAUAUACAAGUAAGGUAAAUUUAAAUUUUUUAUAUAACAAAAAAGAUGCCGGGAUGAGAAGUAAAUGUAUUGGGAUCCCAUUUUCUGUUCCGAUGCUUUACUACUUUACUUUUACUAAGAAAAAUUUAGCUUAGGCAAAAUAAACGAUUAUAGGAUUAUAAUAACAGUUGUUUAUAAUUAUAAUUAUAACUGAUAAUAAUGAUAAGUAGGCCUAAUUUUAGUAAUAUUCUCUGAAAUAAUUAAUUAAUAAGAGAAAAACUAUUAUUAUUAUUGAUAUUACUAUUACUAUUACUAUUGUCAAUUGUAAAACUAUUAAAUAUUGAUUCAGUAAUGAAAAGAAAAAUGAUAAACUGUGUACCGGUACCAUACACAAUUUUUAACGUAAUAAAUAAAACUUAAAACCAACCCUUGGUUACUACAUAAACUUUUCAAGUUUGGUUAUAAUCUUUUCUUAAAAUGAUUCAUUUUAAACGUCUUAUAAUUAUUUAGAUUUUAAGGAUUUAACAUUAACGAAUCACAGUGAUAGCAGCCAUUUCCGGCUUCUCUAUCAAAAUAAAAAAAAUAAUGAUAAUUUCAUACCCCCCACUUCUUCGCGGGUUGCAUAACUUUUUAUAGAGAGCUCAACGAUAACUCAAAAAAUGAAAAAACUCUUACAAUGAAUGUAGAUUAGGGAGCACUAAACCUUAUUUUGGUGGCUUUACUAGUGAAAAAGUAAUUAUGCGAUUAAUAUACUAACCGAGUCAUUAUAAUAAUACUGUCCUUGAUGCACAAAAAAUCUAGUAGCAUAAAUCAAUAUAUGACCAAAACACAAAAACUGACACGUCACUGAUGAGGAAAGCAAUUAUUUAAUAAACAAAGGUGUCGUAGUAUGCAAUUUUCCAAAGAUACCUGUAGCUGUACGCCAUAUUGUAGAACAAGUUUUUUGCGUCAUUUUUGGUUUUGCGCAGAUCGGUGCGUCGGCUAGUUUUAAAAUACCUACCUUUACCUGUUGUGAUCAAUUUCCCAGUAUGUGAUCCCGAGCCUGAUAGCCAUGGGAUCCCAUUCCCAGUGGGAUCCCUUUCCCAAUGGGAUCCUGAUGGAUUCCCUGUGGGGUCCCGACCACAUUUCCAGGUGGGAUCCAGAUUUCAGUUGGACCCUAUUCCCGGUGGGAUACCGAACCCAAAAGGAUCCAGUUACCUGUGGGAUCCUCAUGUCAUUGGGAUUCCAAAUGGGAUCCCAAUCCUGGUGCGAUCCCAUAUAAAAAGGUGACUCAGUGAAACGGAGAUAAAUACCAGGAAAGUAUAGAAAGGGAUAGAACUAACCUAAUAUUUGAAUAAGCUUGUAAAAAUGACUUUUUUUUUGAAGCUGUUAAAAUACUAUUUUCCAUAGUAAUAGAUAGUCUAGUGUGCUGCUUAAUAAAAGACAUUUGAUUAAUUAUUAUUUUUUAAACUAAUGAAGCUAAUCAAAUAAAAUUUGCCAUAGUAACAUAUUGUGUCCUGCUGAAAACAAAAGACAUUUUAUUAAUUAUUAAUUUUGCAGUUAAAUAAUUAACCUCCACAUUAAAAAAAAAUUUGAUGAAAAUCUACUUUUAUCUAUAUUAAUUGCUGUGCAAUGCAACCUUAUUCUUUUCAUGAACAGAAUUAAAUGUUGCAAAUUAAAAAAAAACUUUAAGUUCAUUGAAUUGUAUAUGAGGGAGUGGGGGCUGCACAUUAUUACAAGUGUCACAUAGCCCAGUGGCAUGCACAAAGAGUGCUUUGGCAUGCCUAGGGGUUUACCGACCUAGGGGUUCUGUUUUCAAUAUUUAUUGCCACCUUUAUAUAUGUAUUUUUGAAAUGGAGAAUCACAAGUUUAAAAUUAAGCCCUAAAGAGCAUUUGGUAAAAAUGAGAUUCUUGAGUGGGUGGGUGCAUUUUAUGAGGCCCGCAAUGUCUCAAGGCAUCAUUUGUUACACAUGGAACAAUUUUAGCCCUUACUAGAUAACACUUCUUAAAUUAAAUUAUUUACAUGUUGUACAUUUAUUAUAAGCUUGGGUGGGUGGAGCAGCAGAAUAUGCACAAAUUCUGAAAUAAUUAUCCUGAAAUUCCCAAGUCUAUAAGUAGACCACCCACCAGGCAUGCACACUCACACACACAUCUUAAAUCAACAAAGCCCUCUCCCCUCUCAGAGCACACGUUAUAGACAUUUUAUAUCUAAAGCUAAAUGUACCCUAAAAAUCUGUGAAAUGCAUGAUUUCUAAUUAUUUUAUAAGGCUAUACUAGUAGUGAUAUCUUUAAGUACGCUGUUCACCUUUGUAUGUUUCCGCGCAUAUGGGUAAUUUGUGGCAUAAUUAUUUUGUUAAGCUAUGAUAGCUGUUCCUAAACUAUGUCAAAUUCUAACAAUUAUAUUUAAAAACAAAGAAUAUUUUUUAAAAAUGUAAAUGAAAAUAAAUAAAACACAUGUAGGUCGCUAAGUGCCAUCUAGUAACUAUUUGUAAGAACCUGCAAGCAGUAAUUACUUAAUUACUUGGAUGAGUAACUAGUUUGCACCAGGCUCGGAGGAUGGUGGCAUGAAAUUUUGACUUUUUUUGCGUACAUGCAUGCAACAUAGAUGGCCCUUAAGAAACAGGUAAACAUUUAGAUGACAUAGAAAAAUACAUAUUACUUUGAAUAAAAAUUUGUUUUCUCAGGUAACUCUUCUUUUCUUUGCCAAAAGUAGAGAAAUCAUAGGACACAAGGAAGCAAGAUUACACAUACCAAGUGCAAGCACAGGAAGGCAUAUACUUAAAUAUAUAGUUAAAGCCUACCCAGAGUAAGUUGGAAACUGAGAAAUUGAUUUUAUUUGAUUCAAUCAUGGGAGGGUUUUUCCCCUAGUGCACUGGCUGGCUCUGCUCUUGCAAGAUCAACAAAAAUAUCUCUAUUAAUAUAGUCAAACCUGGAAAUUGCAAACCUUGAAAUAGUGCCGUCACUGGUAUAUCGCCAACCCCCCUUCCUCUUACAAAGAUCAAAUUUUUAAACAAAAACCUCUUGCUUAUCAUGCUAAAUACCCAAGGAUAUGAGUGGGAUAAAACCUGGUUAUCCCUGUGAAUAAAAAAUAAAUUAAAUGACAAUGAAAAUUUGAAAAUUAAAAAUUUCAAUUAUUUCCCCUUUUGAUGUUGUCUAUAUUUUGAAAAAUUCUAUACUCUCUAAUGUCAGGUAGUUCCAUAGUCUGUAAUGCCAAGUAGUUCUGUAGUCUCUAAUGCCAAGUAGAUUUAUACUCUCUAAUGCCAAGUAGUUCCAUCGUCUGUAAUGCUAAGUAGUUCCAUAGUCUCUAAUGCCAAGUAGUUCUAAUUUAUUUCUAGGCUGAACCUGAUAGCCAACAACCUGGUCUUGUCCCUGAAUGAGGAGUACCUGGAGUUGGACCGUCAAGUCACUCUACAGGAAAACGAUGAAAUAGCUGUCAUACCCCCGAUCAGUGGUGGUUGAUGAGGAGUUGUCAUACAUCUUAUCAGUGGUGGUUGAUGAGGAGUUGUCAUACAUCUUAUCAGUGGUGGUUGAUGAGGAGUUGU